GCAAGUUGCAAUGAGCACCACAACGUGAGGGUGGCAGCAGUGUGAAUGAUAUCUAGGGAAUAUAGCUAGCUAAAAGGGAGAUACCGAUGUUUCAGCAACCUGUCCGGGAAUGGUGCAACUUUUCGUGGUGCAGGCGAUUGAGUAUGUUCGGAAUAUCCCAACAUUUCUGAAAUGUUUCGAUGGAAAUUAAACCUACAAGUGGUAUUCUGAUAUUUUGUACCGCGCGCAAGGUCGACCAGCGCCUUGUGCACGAAGACCAGCCAGGAUGGAGGAGCUUGUCUGAAAAUCAGUUGCUCUGUAUACUGCAGUGAACUGAAGUAGUGUGGCGUGGGACCGAUGACCCAGCCUAUUUGACUUUUCAUAAAUGAAGCGUUUGGUAAUUUUCAUACCAGUUCUAAGCCUUUUGUCUUUUUUAUAAUUCGGAGAGGAAGGAUGUUAGUGGUUUCGACUGCUGUUUACUGUCAACGUUAGCUAGGUUAGUCUACGGCAAACCCGGAUAACGAGAGCGGAAAAGUGGCGUUGCCAGCAGUCGACUUUCUUCGGUGAGCUGUCGAGAGGGCGACCUUCCUGGCCCUGGACUGCUUCUACUCUGGGGGGGGGGGGGGGUCUCACUGAGUGACCGUUAAUGCUGCAUCUCGGGGUGGCUGAGCCUAUGCGAGACUGCGAAUACAGCCAGAUCAGCACUCGCAGCUCGACUCCAAUGGAGACUCCAUUCAAGAAGAGGACCCCCAAGAGGAGGAAGUGGCAAGCCUUCCCUGGGCGGAAUAAAUUUUACUGUGAUGGGAGGAUCAUGAUGGCCAGGCAGACAGGUGUCUUCUACCUCACCCUUGUCCUCAUUCUUGUCACAAGCGGGCUCUUCUUCAGUUUUGACUGUCCCUUCCUGUCAGUGAAGCUCACCCCAGCCAUCCCUGUGAUAGGGGGGGUGCUGUUUGUCUUUGUGCUGGGAACCCUCUUCAGGACCAGCUUCAGUGACCCGGGGGUCCUGCCCAGAGCAACGCCCGACGAGGCUGCUGACUUGGAGAAACAGAUAACCAACUGCUCCAGUUCGGGGUACCGGCCUCCCCCCAGGACCAAAGAGGUGGUCAUCAAUGGGCAGACGGUCAAGCUCAAGUACUGCUUCACCUGUAAGAUCUUCAGACCACCCCGUGCCUCUCACUGCAGCCUUUGUGACAACUGCGUUGAUCGUUUUGACCACCACUGUCCCUGGGUGGGGAACUGUGUGGGGAAGAGGAACUACCGUUUCUUCUACCUCUUCAUCCUCUCCCUCUCCUUCCUCACAAUCUUCAUCUUCGCCUUCGUCAUCACACAUGUCAUCUUGCGAUCUCAUCAAGAAGGCUUCCUCAGCGCACUCAAAAACAGUCCUGCCAGUGUGCUGGAGGUGGUGGUGUGUUUCUUCUCGGUCUGGUCCAUAGUUGGCCUGUCUGGCUUCCACACAUACCUGAUCAGUUCCAACCAGACGACUAAUGAAGAUAUAAAAGGGUCGUGGUCGUCUAAAAGAGGAAAAGACAACUAUAACCCCUACAGUUAUGGAAACAUAUUCACCAACUGUUGUGCGGCGCUGUGCGGACCCCUGCCUCCCAGUCUUAUUAACAGAAGAGGCUUCGUCGAAUCAGACACUUCACAGCCCACCCCGCCAACCAAUGGCAUUACUAUGUAUGGUUCCACCCAAUCACAGAGCCAUAUGUGUGAUCAAGACCAGUGCAUUCAGAGCACCAAAUUCGUUUUGCAGGCAGCAGCCACACCCUUGAUGCAGACUGAGACGGUCAUCCUCACGAAUGAGGGCUCUCUACCGGGCCGGACGUCGUUAGGGGGCCCCUGCUCUGGAGCCCUGCCCCUGGGGGGCCAACCCACACCCCCCACCUCCAACCCCAACCUCAGCUCCGACAGCGACAUGCUGCCCCUUCGGAAGGACCAUAUCGAUGGGCUCCACCACCACCACACGGACGGGGGUCACCACCCCUUCCUCACACCCGAGGAAGCCCCCUCGCCACCGGGCAUGCUCCCCUGUGGCAGCCCCGUGGGACACAGCCACACCGUGCAGGGCUUCUACAACCCAGCCAGCCAGGACUCUCUACACGAGGACUCCGUCAGAGGACUGGUGAAACUCAGCUCAGUCUGACGGGUUUCACUCAAACAACCCUCCGUCCCCCAGGCCUUCCAACCACACCUGUGCCAAACAGCGGGUCCUCCAAACCCUAAAUGACUAAUUUUCUCUUUUUCCGGGACUGCGACAUUCCCUUCACUUUCAACAACAUGCCAAACUUCUGCCGUCACAGCAGGGGGUUGUUGCUGCUGGGCCCAGGUCAAUUUACUCAGACACAAACGUCCAGUAUUCCUGUCCCAUAGAGGCGCAUAGUUUAUGGUCCUGGGGAAGGGUUCAUCUAAAGGAAUGAAGCUGAGAAGUGAAGUGGUAGAUGUGCGUACUGUAUGCGUAUCCAUCAGCUGUUUCAAGCCAAAAGGAGGGAGUGUUGUGACAAUUAUUCCUAAACAUGUAUGAAAAGCUGCUUUAUUUCUGUCGUGAAUCACGGGUCUGGCAUUUUUUUUCUUUUUGUACAACGGACUAUGGCCUACUGGUUGACCACUGACACACUGUGUAUUUGCCUUUCAGUCUUAGCAGAUGUUUGUUGACAGGUGACAGUGCAGUCAGUAAACCAGUGGAUGGCAUUUUGCAUAUCAUUGGGUUCAUAAUUGUUUUCAAGUUCCAUGUACCAGAUAUUGGCUAAUGUGUUGUUCCAUACCAAGGUUAUUUUUGUUCUCCUCCGAUUAUUUCCUGUGGAUGAAAACGAAUAAAGUCACAUCUUUUUAAGGGACAACAUGUCCUGUGUUGAAGUCAAGCCCCCCGGUGACCAGUUGACGGUCAUGUUAUCCUCUCUGACAUCACGUCCUUCUGUAGGUAAUUAAAAUGGAGCCUUGUGAUGAGUGCUUUAAUAAGUAACUAAACACAAACAUAAUUCUACAUGUAUUGAGGUUGAGUCCUGCUCCAGGCUGGUCUCAGGCCCGUUCAGGUCCAUUCAUCUUUGGUCUGAGGCCCCGGGACCUCCAGCCACCAUAUCAUAAAGACACUGAGGAAUACAAGGGCUCUCUGUCACCAGACAUACUCACCUCUUUGUGUGCACUAACGUCAAUGAAAGGAUUUGUGGUGUACAGCCUGGGGUUACUUCUGAAGGAACUCCUUUUCCCAAAGUCACGUGGAUUCGCUAUUUUUAAUGUGACAAAGCAAACUUAGAAACCACUCAACAGAAAGCAUCACCUUAAGUUAGUGCUUUUUCCCUUUGCAUGUGGUUUGGUGUUUGUGAAAGGAAUGUCUCAUCUGCUGUCCCUUUUGUUUCAGAACUAAUGUUGCCACUUGGUGGUUGAAGAGGGGAAAUGCACCCCUGGAGUGGUAAUAACCGCAUACAAAGACCGUGUCACAAUUGAAAAUGCACCAAUUAAUAAAUACAUAAGUGCCCCCAAAGCAAAUAUUCCAAUCAUCAUAUAUUUAUUUAAAAGCACAUUGACUAUUUUUUAAUACAUUAAAUAGUUGAUUCUAUAUCAUAUACACCAGACGAAACCCAAUGGUAUAAGCAUCACUAUAAUCGAGUCUGAGAACGGGGUCUCUUGCUUUUUUAUACCAGUCCAGCAUUAGUGCACUAAUGAAGGCCUGCUGCUGGAAUAUGUCACAGCAAUAAAACCCAAAUAAUGUAUUGUUAAAAACUAAAUAAUGAAACCAGGCUCAAUGCAUGAAAGACAACUUGCAUAGAGGUGGCAGGAAUGACCAGCUCUCAAAUGUUUAACAAUCAUUCCUCUCAUUAGGACCAUCACCAACCAGUAUAUUUUGACUCUGAAUCUAUAGUUGUGCUUUGAUUGUAGCGGACUAAACUGGACAAUUAUGGUUGAGCAGGUAAGCGACGAUUAAAGGCCAUAUUGCCUUCAGUAUGCUGUUCAAACAAUCUGAUGAUAUUUGAAGUGCAGUCAAGAGAGUAAUGAAUGGCCAUACAUCCUCAUGUACAGGAUGUUAUAUAUGGUCAGGGUUUUCAUAUUCCUGAGAAAUGUAUUCUGUAGGUUGCCAAGCAGCACCUGCAAUAAUUGGCUUAAACACUGAAGAACCUGAGAUGGAUGAAUUGGAAUGAUUAUGGAUUAGGGUAAAAAAAA